AUCGCCGCCGCCACGUUCCUUAUGCGCUCCGCCCUCCGCGUCUCGCAGCGCGCGCACCGCCUGAGGCCGCAGAGCGCCCCCGGCGCGCCGGCCUCGGUCGCGGAAGCAGCCAGGGGCGCGCUCGCAGCUGCCAUGUCGAGCCGCGCAUACCACGCGCCACUCCGUGAGAUGAACUUCCUGCUGUACGACGUGCACAACUUUGAGGGGCACUACAAGGGGCUGAACGAGGAGGUGCUCACGCCGUGCGAUCGCGAGACCGUGGACAUGGUCGUGGACGCCACCAAGACGAUGUGCGAGGAUGUGCUCGCGCCUCUGAACGAGGGCGGCGACCGGGUCGGCUCUGUGUGGAAGGACCCAAACACGGUGGUGACGGCGCCCGGGUUCAAGGACGCGUACAAGAUGUACGCCGAGAACGGCUGGCAGGCGCUCUCCUUCCCGGAGCAGUACGGAGGGCAGGGACUGCCGAUGUCGCUCGCGCUCGUGCAGUCGGAGAUGAUCGCGGCCGCAAACUGGACAUGGCUGAUGUUCCCGGGCCUGUCCAAGGGGGCGAUCAACACGAUCAUCGCGCACGGGUCGGAGGACCUCAAGGACGAGUGGCUCCCCUCCCUCAUCUCUGGCGAGAUGACCGGCACCAUGUGCCUGACCGAGCCGCAGGCACACACAGCGCCCCGCUCGCCCACCAAGCCUUGCGGCUCCGACCUCGGCCAAGUGACGACCAAGGCGGUGCCCAUCGACGGGGCGGAGGGCGAGUACUCGAUCUCGGGCACCAAGAUCUUCAUCUCGUGCGGCGAGCACGACAUGACGGACAACAUCGUGCACUGCGUCCUCGCGCGGCUGCCCGACGCGCCCGCGGGCACGGCGGGCAUCUCCCUCUUCCUCGUGCCCAAGCGCCUCAAGACGGGGGAGCUGAACAACCUCGGCACGUCGCGCAUCGAGGACAAGAUGGGCUGCCACGGCUCGCCAACCUGCCAGCUCGAGUUUGAGGGCGCGAAGGGCUGGCUGAUCGGCACGCCCAACCGCGGCUUGAACCACAUGUUCACCUUCAUCAACACCUCGCGGCUCGGCACGGCCGUGCAGGGCAUCGCCGCCGCGGAGCUCGCCUUCCAAAACUCGCUCUGGUACGCAAAGGAGCGCCGCUCGAUGCGCUCCCUCUCCGGCAGCAAGGAGCCGGACCAGGUGGCCGACGCGAUCAUUCACCAACCGUCGGUGCGCACGAUGCUGCUCACGCAGAAGGCCGUCGCGGAGGGCGGCCGCUCGAUGGUGUACGAGUGCGCAAAGAUCGCCGACCUGAUGCAGCAGGCCGAGUACGCGGGCGACGACGCCGCGGUCAAGCAGCACGAUGGCCGCCUCGCCUUCCUCACCCCCAUCCUCAAGGGCUUCCUCACCGAGGUUGGCAAGGAGGCGGCCGACCUGGGCAUCCAGGGGAGAUAAUCUCCCCCCACCUCUCCCC